AUGGCAUUAGCGGCGACAACCGCUAUUACAGGUGACAACAUUAUUGUUGCCGGAAACAGUGAUGUCGCCGAUAUUACCGUCGCUGUAAUGCUAAAUGACUCAAUCCGUGUAAAUUGCAUCUCAAAUGGUUGGUGGAAAGAACUUAUUCGGGAUUUUCAUGCUUCAAUUAAUGGUCCUAGCACUGUUUCUGUAGAUGCAGAAGGCCAAGGGUUGAAAGUAGGGUUCUAUAAGAAAUCAUGCCCACAGGCCGAGGUGAUAGUAUCUAAGGUUAUCAGCAAUGUUAUGGCUGUAGCACCAUCUCUAUCUGGCCCUCUUUUGAGAAUGCACUUCCACGAUUGCUUCAUUAGGGGUUGUGAUGGAUCUGUCCUACUGGAUUCUCCAACGAAUCAAUCCGAGAAAUUUUCACCACCAAAUCUAAGCCUAAGAGGGUUCAACAUCAUCGAUAGGGUGAAGCUGGCGUUAGAAAAGGCCUACCCAGAUGUGGUUUCAUGUGCUGACAUUGUAGCCUUAGUUGCCAGAGACGUUACAGUGGCGACUAAGGGACCAUAUUGGGAGGUUGAAACAGGCCGAAGAGAUGGAAAUGUGUCCUUAUUCUUUGAUCCCAUAACCCCAGUGACAGGCUUGCCAUCAUUUACCUCAAACAUUAGUGUUUUGAAACAAUCGUGGGCAUUACGGGGCCUAAGCACAAAAGACCUCGUUGUUCUCUCAGGAGGGCACACCAUAGGGAUAUCUCAUUGUUCGUCAUUUGAUAGCCGGCUCUACAACUUCACCGGUAAAAGGGAUACAGACCCUACAAUGGACCCUAACCAUGCUCCUUCUUGCUUUUCUUGCUUGCUUUCUUUCUUGCUCUCUUGGUCUUCUCUUGCUGAGAACCCUUCUGCUUACUUCAUCUUGUUGCUUGCUUUCUUCCUCAACAGCCAUUUUUUGCUAUCUCUUGGAUCGAACAACCACAACCGGACUUUCAUCUGUCAACACCAUUAUGAGCCAUUAACACCACAUCAGAAACCGGAAUACACCACAGCCGAGAACCCCCCUCGUUUGAUCCUUUUUCUGUGUUUCUUUCUUUCUGCAGAAAGCAACAGCCAACAGGUUGCAUGUCACAAUCUUCUUUCUUUCUUCUUUCUUCUUUCUUCUUUCUUUCUUUCUAUCUUCUUUCUUUCUUUCUUUCUUCUUUCUGGCGGUCUUGACUGUAGCAGCAAUAUAUUGGUUCAGCCCCUGCAACCAUCAUCUUCUUUCAUUCUGAGCCCUGCAGCCAAGGGAUGCACCUCCUCUCUCGCCACCGACUCUCAAACCUGA